AUGGCCGUGGACGCCACUGUAACCACGCCGAACGUUUUUCCCAUCGACCAUGCUCCAAAACCUCCUGGCGGAUUUUCCACACUCGCACUGCCUGCUCACCAUCAAGGCCAGGCAAAGAGAGCUGGGGUCAUGUUGUGCGAGGCAACGGGCCAUCACCAGCGGAAACAUCCCCAACCCCACGUGGUCAGCCACUCAAUGCAGUGGCAGCGGCUCAGGAAGCAAGAAACGAAAAUGUCGGUGUGA